ACUGGCGUUGGCUGCGGGCAGGCACCGUACAUCUGGCGGUUGCCAUGAGCGACGCUGCCCGCGCCCCGGCAAACGGUCGCGAUUAGUAAAUAUUGAGAAUAAAACUAAAGAUCGCCGCCGGACAGAGCUCGCUUUCAUCGCCGAGCGGCCGCUUCCCGUGUUCUGACAUGGCUUUGCCCACAAUCCCUUCUAGUUGGAACACCAGGAAUCGAGUGCUGGAACAGCAAAUCGUUCGUCAGCGGGAUCAGGAGGAACGUGUUCGCAUGCAGUGGGAACUCCAUCGUCAGUACUUCAAAACACACGAUGUGCGGAGCAGUAAACAGGCGCAGUGGAGUUCCAGACAAUCUUACCAGCAAAGUAUGUCGGCAUACCACAGAAAUCGGCAGCAGCAGGAAAAAUUACAAAGCUUGGAGCAACGACGGGAAAAGCUGCAAAGUUUACUGAAAGAAGAACAAGACCUCUUUGAAGCAGAGCUCUGUGAUCUAAAGAUGGAUGCAGCCUGUUUUGUACAGGAAGCAAAAGAGAAGACUGAGGAAAUGAAAUCAGCGCGUGAAGAACGUAGAAAGAAGAUCGCUGAAGAGCUGUUGCAGGAACACUGGAAGAAGAACAAUAUCGAACUGCGUCAGGUCCAGUCAGAUUUGCACAAGAUGCAUGUGACAAACAGCUGGCAUUCACAGGUUACAGAAAAACGACAGCAAGAAGAGGUAGAGUUAGAAGAGAAGAAAAGAGUGGAGAAUCAAUACGAAAUUGCACGGAGGCUGGCCAUGGAACGCAUAAAGCGUGAAGAGGAGAGGAGAAAGCAGGAAGACAUGAAGCAGGCAGAGAUUCUGCGCCAGCAAAUGGAGGAACUGCGUUUACGGGAAGUUGAGGCGAAGAAACUCAAGAUCGAACAGGAUAAAUUAUUGAAACAGCAAUGGGAGCUAGAGGAGAUUGAAGAGCAAAGGAAACAGUUAGAACAGCGUCGAAAGAAAUCCGAGUUGGGCCGGAUACUGAACCGCCAGUACAAGACCCAAAUGAGGAGGCGCGCUCAGCAGAUUCAGGAAGAAUUGGAGAUAGAUCGCCAACUUCUUGCAUCGCUCAUCGAAAAAGAGGAGGUUGACCAAAAACUGCAGUCGGCCAGGCGAGAACGGGCAAUUGCUGACGCAAACUGGAUGAAGAAAGUCAUCGAGGAGCAGCUGCAGUUGGAGAGGGAGCGAGAGGCAGAGGUGGACACCAUAUUCAGGGAGGAGGCCCAACGUAUGUGGCAGAAACGAGAGGAGGAGUGGGAGAGAGAGAGACAAGCACGAAUGCGCUUAAUGCAAGAGGUUCUUGUAGGCCGACAGCGGCAAAUCACGGAGAGAAUCGAGACGAAUCGACGCGCUCAGGAGGAAUCUGUGCAGCUUCGGGAGAUGCUGAUCCAAGAGUUGGAGGAAGCGAAGGUGACGACAAAGCGCAUGAAAGAUGAAGAGGAGGAAGAAAAAACGGCCCGCAAGCAGGAGCUGGAAGCUCAGGUUGAGGAACGGAGGAGGAAGGCGUUGGAAGAGUUGGAAUGGCAACAAAAGGAGGAAAACGAGGAGAGGCUGGCAGAGAGGCAGCAUGAAGAGAUGCUUCAACGUGAGGCUGAGCGGAUGAGACAACAAGGAUACGAGCCCAAGACUUGGCAUCGGCCACGAAUAGCCUGGACAUAACAAAGAAACUAGGGACUACAAAAGUAGUUGUCAAGUAAGUGGAUCAUUUAACAGAACAUUCAGCCCAACCAUUGAAGGUUUGGUGAUUGGUAGAAGCAAUAUUCAUACUGGGUGCAAUCUGGUCCAUAUCAUUCAUUAGGUUAAAAGCCAUGCCACCUUCUGGCUGUCUAGUGGUAAGGAGUUGGAUAAAUCAACCCUCCUUCUGACCAUGUUCUCGUUUUAGUUUGUUACAUUCAGUUAUUUUGAUGGCCAAAUAUUGGAAAAAUCAAAUCUACAACUGAAUUAAGUAGCAAUUGCUCACUUUCAGCAUGGAAGCAGGCUCUGGAGGCGAAGAGGAACCAAAUCCCCAGUGAAGCCCACAGUUUAGAUUUAAAAUGCUGGACUAACUCAAUAGGACUGAAGAGAAGGAAUGGAUGAUGUCUCCACCCGAAAUGCCACCCAUCCCCUCUCCAGAGAUGCCGCCUGCCCAGAGUUACUCCAGCAUUUUGUCUCCAUUUUUGGUGUGAACCAGCAUUUGUAGUUCCAGUUUGGAUUUAAAUUUUGGAUUAUAGCAGGGAACUUUUACACAGCACUAAAUUGGAUCCAAUUUAUUUAACUUCUUGCAGUUAUUUUUGUGGAUUGUGUCAAUAAAGCAGGCCUACUUUGGCCAUUUGGUUUGGUUUAUCUUGUUGAACCAUGCAUUGUUAAAGGGAUUUAAAAUCAAUCACUGAGCUAUAGUUUGAGUCCAAAUGCAGAUUGGGAAGGGAUUAAAUUAAGACUAACGUCUUUGUAAAAUACAGAGUGACUUGAAGUCUUAGCUCUAUGUACAUAGUAAUAGGUGUCUAAUAUUAUUUUGGUUGUCAUAAAUUUCUAUCUUUCCAGCUGGAUCUGUCUGAGCUAAUUUAAGUGUGAAAGCAAUCUCUAUUUAAUUUGCAGCAACUGCUAUUCACAGAUGCUUCACUAAUGCAAGGCUGUAACUAUUUAAUUUUCAGGCAAUUAAGGCCUCUAAUGGCAUUUCUUUGGCAUAUCUGUGCACUGAUUCAUUGGUAUUCCUCGUGGCUCUGAUAUCCAGCACGAGUAGCCAGUGUCUCUUGUUUUUAGACUGAAUUAUUAUUGAUGGUUGCAAUGUAAUGUUUGGCCUGUUCAUGUAAAGAAAGCCUUCCAGCCUCUAAAGCCUUUCUACAGCCUGAUGCUUUAAUCUAGGAGGCAAUAAUCAUGAAACGUUAUAAUCAAUUUUAGGUUUAAUGUUUUUAUUUAUUAUUGUUUACUGCAUAAAUAAAACAUCUUGUAUCAGA